AGACUCUGAAAAAAAGACAGGGAGAAACAACACUGGGAGCUGCAACGGGAAAUAAGUGGAGAAUACAAUCAAGAUGGAGGAGUGUGAGAGUCUAGACCCAGAGAUGACAGAUCUGCAGGAGUUCUCGGAGACUAUCAGUCAGGACGAUGAAGACGAGGUGGAGGAACUGCAAAACAGUCUGCGAGAGGUCGUACAGGACCAGUCAGUGAAGCCCAAACUCCAGUGCCUGAUGGUGGAUCCGUCGUUCUCCAUGGUCACAGUACAGAGCGAGGACAGCGGUAUUGUAUGGGAGACGGCCUCUAGCCGCUGCUCCACUCCCUGGGCCUCUGAGACGAGCUCCAUCUCUGAAGGCUACAGCAUGGAGGGCUCUGGAGCUGCAGGAAAGAUCACAAUUGUCUUUGAUGAGGACAAAGUCAUCCGCCGGAGGACAAGGUCUGGAGGAAGGAGCAGCAGGUUGGGGGACAGGCUGAGCCGACCGGGUAGCUCAAGAUCUGCUUCAGCUCUGGGAGUGGAGAGACCAGAGAUGUUUGAGGUCUCACUGCCCAAUGUAAAACAGGAGAAAACCGAAACGGUGCCAGACUUGGAGGAAAUCAAAAACAAAGAUCAGCAGUUGUUCAGUUUGAUUUCAGAGGGCUAUGAGAUUCUCAACAUCAGAGUCCCCUCCAAACUCCCUACUGUGGAUGAGGAGGAGAGUACAGACCUGCAGGACAAUUUGUCUUAUUUAGACGAGACUCCAAAGAUCAGGUCCCGAAACCAUCAGGAGUGGACAAAGCUACAGGAUCAUGUCCAGCCGGAGGAGGAGGAAAUACCGGACCACCAAGAACCCUCAGCAUUCGCAGAGCCAGGAGACACAUCCACACAGAGAGAAAGCACCAGUGACAUUGACUACUUUGAGAAGUUUACCCUUUUGGAUGUUGCAGCUCCUGGAGAACAUGUCCCAGAGUCUCAGGAGGAGGCACAAGAGCCUCAAGUGGAACACCAAGCAGAGGAGCAAAAGCCUGCUAAGGAGACAGCCCCAGACAGCCCCACUGCACCAGAAGAAUCUUUUGUCUUUGUAACAGACGAGGAGAUAAUCGGCGAACACCUUGAUCAGGUCUUCUAUGGAGGAGCUCCGACUGACGCGCAGCAACGAAAGGACAAUGAGGAGGUGGACGGUGGAGCCAGGAUGAGAAUGAGACGAGAGAGCCAGAGGUCGACGAAGGAAAGUGGUUCUGUGUUGUUUGGGAGUGAAGAGACCAUCCUCACACCCAUAUACAUCUCCGAUGGACCCCCAAAGAUCAUUGAUCUUAUCCUGCUGGAGGAGCCCACCGCCAUGUCUUUCAUGUACACUGACCUUUACGAGGAUGCUGUAGGCCAGAGACUAAAGAGCGACGAGGAACACUCAGAGGCAGAGAGCAUCACAUCGGAGAAGUCUUACAAGAGACGAUUUUCAGAUUCAGAUGAGGCAGACGGGUACCUGGAGAAGUUUACUUUGAAGGAUGAAACUCCCACAGUGGAGGUUCAACCACAAUCAGUGGAGGAUAAGAGGGAGGGGAGGAUGAUGUGGUCACAGAAUAGGUUUGAACUGACAGGACAUCUAACAAGGACAGAAGGAGAAGAAGACGACGAGUCAAAAGCAGAGAAACCAAAGACACGGGAGGAAAAAGAUGGAGACAGCAGCAACAAUGUACAAUCAGGGUCAUUUGAAAAGAAAAGUGCAAUAAAAAAAUCUGCUUUGUUGACUAAACAGCAGGCCGAAGGAGAAGCCUCAGAAAAAUCUAUUCGGACAUCUAAACUGACGGAGAUUAAGGAGGUGAAACAAAAAAGAGACCACACUGAUCCUCCCAGUAGCAGCACUGGAAAAGUAAAAUUAACACAAAGAGAGAGUGAGGGUCAUCAGAGGGAAGAGUGCAAAACCAGUAUUACUGAAUCUGAGCAGCACAACGCAGGAGACAAAAUGGCUGAAGUGAUUGUAAAAGCAGAUAAGACAACAGUGGACGCUCCUGUACACAAAGAGGUGAUGGACGUUAAAUCAAAAAUGCAAACAGAAGCCACUGAAAAGAGUUUGUCUGAAGGAGCAGCUAAAAUGGUUGCUCCUGAUGCUAAAAGAGCAACUUUGGCCAAAGCAGCAGCUUUAACUCAAGACGAAGAAGAAGAAGUGUUCACAUUGGCUGAACCUUCAGCUGAAAUAUCUGUGAGCAAGGACACAGUUGCAGCAGAGGACGAGCCAACUGUUGAGGUCAUCACAGACUUUGAUUGUGUGGUACAAGCCAUAAUGGAGGUAACUAAAAAUGCAGUGAAUGAAGAAGAUAGGCAAACCCAGGUUCAGAUUGAUCUCCAGGACGUAACAAGUACUGAGACAACAGCAGAAAAACAACACAAGGUUCUGACAGAGGAAACUGCUAAUGAGAGGUCAGAGGUUAUACCUGACCGUUCACGUGUUGUGACCGAACCCGUGAUGAUGAGAGCGGAAGUCAAAACAGAUUCAGACAAGAAAUGUCAAGAAAUCCGAGCAGAAGAGUUAGUAACCGGCAGUGAACUAAACAAAACAAAGCUGAUAACUGAAGCUCAACCAACCACAGAGGACACGACGAGUGUCCGUGAUGAGUUAGUCCUCCUUGUCCCCAGUGGACAAGCUGUAGAGAUGGACAUUGGUGUUUCCCAGUUGUCAGAGAAGACCACAAAUGAUGCAGAGGUUGUCCCUAAACCUGAAACUGAAGAUGCAAUGGCACCAAUAGAAGAGACAAAGACAGAGAGUCCGUGCGAAACACAACGAGAAGUGGCAGUAAAGGUGGAUGAACUAAUCACAAAGGAUUUUGAUAGGAAGUACACCCUACCUGCCUCAUCUGUCCCACCUGCCCCUCUGGAGGAACCAGACACAGAGGAGAAGAAGACAGAGGAGGACGUAAAAGAAGAUGUUGGUGUCCUUUCUCCUGUGAAGAGCUUUACUCCCCAGGAGAGUCAGUUGGAAAUACAACCAGAUGUUGCUGUAAAGGUGGAUGAACCAAUCAAGGAUGACUUAGACAGGAAGUACACCCCACCUGCACCUCUGGACAAAACAGACACAAAGCAGAAGAAGACAGAGGAGGACUUAAAACAAGAUGUGGGUUCUCCUCUGAAGAGCUUUACUCCCCCCGCAAUUCCACUUGAAAUACAACCAGAAGUUGCUGUAAAGGUGGAUGAACUGAUCAGAAAUGACUUAGACAGGAAGUACACCCCACUUGCACCAUCCAUCCCACCCACACCUCUGGACAAACCAGACACAAAGCAGAAGAAGACAGAGGAGAACGUCAAAGAAGAUGUGAGUGUCCUUUCUCCUCUGAAGAGCUUUACUCCCCAGGAGAGUCCGCUGGAAAUACAACCAGAAGUUGCAGUAAAAGUGGAAGAACUAAUCAGAAAUGACUUAGACAGGAAGUACACCCCACCUGCACCACCUGUCCCACCUGCACCUCAGGAGGAACCAGAAACAGAGGAGAGGAAGAUGGAGGAGGACUUAAAAGAAGAUGUGGGUGUCUAUUCUCCUCUGAAGAGCUUUACUCCCCAGGAGAGUCCGCUGGAAAUACAACCAGUAAAGGUGGAUGAACUAAUCAGAAAUGACUUAGACAGGACGUACACCCCACUUGCACCACCUAUCCCACCUGCACCUAUGGAGGAACCAGACACGAAGGAGAAGAAGAUGGAGGAGAACUUAAUAGAAGGUAUGAGUGUCGUUUCACGUCUGAGGAGCUUUACUCCCCUGGAGGAUUUGUCUGGGCUGCACAGAAAGGAAGUACUCGCAGAAGAUGCAGGUGUAGGAGAAAAGGUGGAGCUGAACAAGGUGGACGAUGCUUCAGAAGCAGUUAUUAUUGCAGAGGACGUCGGUCCAGGUAUUGAUCUGCAGAGGGUGGAUGUUGGGAAAAAGAUGGAGCAAGAUGAGAUGGUUGCAGAGGUUUCGGAAAUACCUGUCGAGGAGCUUGGUUAUGAGGUGAUAUCUAAACAGGAUGCAGAGGAGACGCCAGAAUCAGGAUUACAGAGAGACGCAGAGGAAUCAAGGCCUGAGUCUGGUCAGGACAAAAGAGAGAGGCUGGACGUGGCGAUGGAGAUGGAGGAGAAAGCGUUUGAUCUGUCCCCAGAAGAAGAGCUCAUUGAGGCUGACUAUGACAUCAUAGAUGCAGAGGAGGAGAGUCAGGCUCGACUGGCUGCUGAGUUGCAGGGGAUGGACUGGUUUUGUCUCACCUGUGGAUGUCUGUUAUCAGAGGAUGACCGUGGAUCUGGAAAGCAUCACGAUCACGAGCUGACUACGGUGGACAAAGCCUACGAGGACAUCAAGGAGAAGCUGAGUGACUGGAUCUCAGAGCUUCAGGGAAGAUCAGAGAACAUUGAGGACUUGGUGUCAGAGCUGGAGCUGGCCUACAACACUGUGGAGGACCAGUUUGUGGAGAGCGAGGCAGUGAUCCAGGCUCAGAACGAGGAGAUGAUGACUCUGGUGAUGGAGCAGUACAACAACAUGUCUGUCAGCAUGGAGGAGGAGAAGAAGUCCAAGCUGGAACGACUGUAUGAUCAGAUCGUCUCCUUCCAGGAGAGCAUCGACACCACCAAGACCACUUUAGAGACCACGGCCCGAGAGGCGGAGACUGACGCACGGUCACCUGAGGAUAUUCAUACACGACUCAAAUCAGCUCUGGACUCAGCCAUGUCACUGGAGCUGGGUCCCAAGGGACUGCUGGUGUUCGAGGACUAUGCCAAGGGCAACGCGUCUGGCUCACACCUCGCACAGCGUAAGGGAAUCCCAGUUCCUCAGAGGCCCACGCUGCAGCCUCAGGAACCAGGAUCAGCCUCCAGCACCAGUGUCACCGUCUACUGGAACGUCAACCCGGGAGACAUCAUAGACUGCUUCCAGGUCUACUGCAUGGAGGAUCCACAAGGAGCCGUGUCAGAAGAAUACCGUGUGACCGUAAAAGAGAGUUACUGCGUCUUAGAGGAGCUCGACCCUGACAAGACGUACAAGGUGUGGGUGAUGGCUGUCAACUACACGGGCUGUUCUCUGCCCAGCGAGAGACUCGGCUUCAGGACUGCUCCGUCAGUGCCAGUGAUCGACACAGAGCACUGCACUGUCAUGUGGGAUUCAGCCACACUGAGGUGGCGGAGGCAGGUCCCCGGACUGACCUACACCCUGGAGUACUGUCGUCAGUAUGAGCUGGAGGGCGAGGGGCUCAGAUCCAUCUCAGGCAUCGAAUGCUGUGAACAGAAGGUUCUGCUGCAGCCCAACGAGAACUAUCUGUUUUACAUCAAAGCUGUGAAUGAGGCUGGAGCCAGUGAACAGAGCGAGGCCGCGCUCAUUUCCACAAAAGGAACCAGGUUCCACCUGCUGAAAGCUUCGGCUCACCCUGCGUUGGAGCUCUCCAUGGACCACACCACUCUGCACUUUCACCAGGACACACAUGAAAACACAUCAGUCACAGAGAAAGAGUGUCCGUCCAUCCUGGGUGAGUUGUUACCAGCACGAGGACGUCACUACUGGGAGACGAUCGUCUCAGAAAGUGCAGCCUACAGACUCGGAGUGACCUACAACAGUGCGGCCACCAGGGACAGCUCUCUGGGAGGAAACAGCCUGUCGUGGUGUUUGCAGUGUGUCCCAACACCAUCAGGUUGCAGCUAUCAGUUGCUCCACAACGAUGUCCAGACCAGUGUGUUUGCGAUCGAGAUGCCUGAGCGAGUAGGAGUCCUCCUGGAUUACCAGCUUGGCCAUUUGUCUUUCUUCAACGCCCAAAGCGGUCAGUUGUUAGGUUCCUUCAGCCAGCACUUCACGCAGCCGUGCCACCCUGCUCUGGCCCUGGAGAUGCCGGGCAGUCUGGAGGUCUGCAUGGUCCAGGAGGUGCCGGAGUUUACCAGAGACAGCUAGCUCUACAACCUGCCAUACAUACACACACGGAAGAGUUUACUUUAAAAUAAUAAUUAAAAAUGACAAGUGUUUUAUGUCUAAUAUAACAGGAUAUAAAAUGUACUUAAAGGAGAUAUUUGUAAAAUAUGGACAACAGUGACCUUUAAUGUGUAAUAUGGUUACUGCAGUCUAUUGACCUAUUUUCAAG